AUGGACAAAGACGAGACCAUUGCGGCUGCAACGUCCGAGGGUCCUUCUCAGGGACCUUCGAUCCCGCGGCUUCCUCUGGAGGUCUGCGAACGGAUCAUCAUCCACAUAGCAAUAGGAGUAAAUCUAUAUUAUGAUUAUUACUUCACGAGAUGCGAGCCACAUCUGACCACUCUCAAUUCCUGCGCGCUCGUAUGCCGAGACUGGUAUUACCUGACGUGGUACUAUCUUCGUCAGCGCAUCUAUCUCAAAGACCGGAAUGAUGUCCUCUCGCUUUCCAAGACACUCCGCCAAAGGCCGCUCCUCCAUGAGGUUGUCCAACGUGUCAUCAUAUCCGGUGCCUUACCUGGGGAACGCCAACCAAUUCGCCACCUGGGGACGUUUGCUGCCAUGCUCGCAGGCAAGGCAGCGAAGUUAUCGGGGAUCACCAUUCGAGACGCGCAAUGGACCACUGGCUCGGUCCGAAUGGAGGACAUCGGCUACCUGGCUGCGUUCAGCUCCAUUGACACUCUGAGGAUCUCCGAUGUCACCUUGUCGAGCGUCGCCCAGCUCUCCCACCUCGUUUCAGCACUCCCACGGCUUAGGAAUCUAUGGUGCAACAAUGUUGACUGCUUGCAGAAACAGCAAGUCUCCCUGGCCUCCCUCCCGCUGAACUGUGCAAAUUUGGAGGAUGUCUAUGUGCUAUGGGUUGCACCAGCAGUCGAGGACUUCUUCGUGUGGAUCAGCCAGGCUUCUCGAGUGCGCGGUCUCGCUGUUGUGGUUGACAGCGACUUGGGUCCAUCCUCGGCAGCGAGCAGAAGCCAAACUUUGCUCGAUGCCAGUUCUACAUCCGCAGAACUGGUUGUGCUCCAUAUUGUUCGCAGUUCUCCAGUUCGUGGUACAAUUGACGCCACAGUCGGCAAGUCCUCUUAG